AUGCCCGUGGCGGCGACGCGCGUGGCCGGCGAGAAGGCGGCCAAGUACUUCGGCCUGCACGCCAACCACGAGGACCGCGCGGAGGCCGUGCGCUUCGGCGCCGGCGGCUGCGUGCUCACGUGCGCGUACGAGAGCAGCGCGCAGGCCGUCAAAGACUUCGCCGUGCGGGAGGACGACGUGCAUGUGAUCAAAGGUACUACAUGGACUCAAGAAAUGGUGUGGCUUCUCGUGAAUGAUUUUGAUUAUGAAGGAGCAAAAGAAAAAACUUUGAUGCAUCGGUCCCCUUAUCUAGAGUUCGCUCGCUUCCUGACUGAGGUUAAAAAACAACAGUUUCUGGGAGGAAUGGACACCGUAGAUUAUGCAUCUAAGCUCCCAUCUCCACGAUGCAUUAAAAGUCACUUGCCAAAAGAUCUUCUGCCAGAUCAACUGUGGACGAAGAAACCUAAGAUCAUAUAUGUCGCCCGUGAGCCAAAAGAUGUCGCAGUGUCUUUCUUUUACCACGAACAACUUCUUAGCUCAUACACAGGAGACAAAGAUUUCUUUUUUGAGUGCUUUUACGAAGAUGUAGUGGGAUAUUCGCCAUUUUGGGAACAUAUGUUGGAAUUCUGGAAAAUGAAAGACCAACCAAAUAUUUUAUUUAGUACUUACGAAGAAAUGAAACAGGAUUUGCCCUCCGUCAUCCGACGAACUGCAAAGUUCUUGGGUAAAAAAAUUAACGACGAACAGUUAACACGCCUUACUGAACAUCUAGACUUCAAACAGAUGAAGAAAAACCCAUCUGUGAACGUGGAACCGGCUUUGAGCAAAAUGCGAGAGAAAGGUCGCAUUAAGGAUGAUCAGGUGUUCAUCCGCAAGGGCGUAGUUGGGGAAGGCCGUCGCGAGAUGUCGCCCGAGAUGGCGGCCCGUUUUGACGAGCGCACCCGGCGGGUGUUCAACGAAGCUGUUGGAGGCUGCCCCUGGAAGAUAUGA